AUGGCAUCUUCAGAUUCAGAUAGUGAUUCAUCAUCGUCCCGAUCAGGGAGACAUCGUUCGAGGCGAUCAUCGAGUUCUCGAGAGAGUGGACAUCGAUCUGAAAGAGAUGAGAAGAAACGAUCUACUGGCGAAAGAAGCAAGAGUGAUAGUGGGCGUGGGAAAGAGAAUAGACAUCAAGAUGGAAAGAGAAGAGAAAAACACCGUAGUGGAGGAAGGGAAUCGUCCUCGAGGAGAGAUAAUGGUAGAUCAUCUAAAUCCAUUGGGAAUGAUGGAUCGAGGGGAAAUGAAAUUGCUAGGAGAUGUUCACAUUUCAGAUAUUAUAUUUUGUAUACUUCUGGAGGAUGGUUAGGUAAUUUAUUGAUCACUCUGAGUGAUAUGUCGGGUAUAUGGGAAUUCACAUUCUUAUCGAUACUUUUCGUUAUUUCUUGGACGGUAUUGAGAAUAAGUCAAGUUGAAAUCACGUUGAUCCUUGGGAAGGUUUUUGAUCUGGUCAUUCCCUUACAACAUAAAUUCGAUCCGCAUAGAAGUCCUUCCCAUUUUAAUCACCUACAACAAUAUUGGCCAAUCUUUUUGGUUGGAACGAUCAUCGAAUUUGGAGGUUUCAUUCUCAUCCAUCCUGAUCUAUUCACUUUGGUAGCUUGUUUCAAAACUUUGUUAUUGACUUGUUUGUGGUUGGGUGUGGAUGGAAAAGGUAGAUUCUUGACUGAAAAGCUUGGUGGGAGAAAUGGACGAUCCACCCGGUCUGACCAACCAUCUCGAGGGGACCGACCGAGAGGGGAUAGACAAGAUGGAGAUCGAGGUAAAGACAGGGAUAGUGAUCGACCAGAUAGAAACCGAAGAUCUCGUGAUGAGACGGAACCCGAUUCAGAGGGAAAGCGAAAAAGAUCAGACAAUGGUAAAAAUGGUAAAAACGAUUCCUCUGAACAAAUUGAGAAGACGAAAGAUUCGGCGUCAAAACCAUCUACUCCAUCUACUCCAGAAUCAACAACGAGCAGUCGAGCUCAAACACCUUCGAGACAAGCCGAGGGUGACGAUGGUGGUCAAGGCAAUUCGAGAGAUCCAUACGAUUCGAAAGGAUUUAAAGGUAAUCUGAUGCCUAUAAGGAAGAAAGCUCCCGAUGGGCCUAGGCAGAGUAGGAGACAUCGUCAUUGA